AUGUUCAGUCAAGUCUUAAAAAGAUCAGCAUUGAAUGCUUUCUCACCAAAGCAAAAGGCAACUUCAUCGUUGGUCUACACUAAGCGUUACCUCAAUGUUCACGAGUAUCAAGCUCAAAAGAUGAUGAGAACAUAUGGAAUCGAAUGUCCAAACGGUAAUGUUGCUGACACCCCAGAGGAAGCCGAAAAGUUGGCUGAAGUCUUAAAUACACAGGAUUUAGUUGUAAAAGCACAAAUUCUUGCUGGAGGUAGAGGAAAGGGUGUUUUCUCGAGUGGAUUGAAGGGUGGUGUACAUAUUUGUAAUAGUCCGGAGGAAGUGAAAAACUAUGCAAAGAAGAUGUUGGGAUAUACUUUGGUGACCAAGCAGACUGGUCCCGACGGUAAGGUCGUCAACAAAAUAUACAUUGCCGAGCGUCACUAUCUGAGACGUGAGAUGUACUUUGCCAUUUUGAUGGAUCGUAAGACUGGUGGUCCAGUCAUGAUUGCAUCGCCAGAGGGUGGUGUCGACAUUGAAACUGUCGCUCGUGAGAAUCCAUCGGCCAUCUUUGUCGAGCCAAUCGACAUCUUCAAGGGUGUACAACCAGAGCAGACCGCCCGUCUCGCUCAAAAGAUUGGUAUCUCACCAAAGAACAUCUCUAAAGCACAAGAUCAAAUGCAAAAACUCUACAACUUUUUCAUCAAACACGAUUGUACUUUGGUAGAGAUUAACCCAUUGGCUGAGACUUCAUCUGGUGAUGUUUUAUGUAUGGAUGCCAAGUUGAAUUUCGAUGACAAUGCAGCAUUCCGUCAAAAGGAAGUAUUCGAUUUGAGAGAUCGUACACAAGAGGAUCCACGUGAGGUUAAAGCUUCCGAGUACGAUUUGAAUUACAUUGGUUUGGAUGGAUCGAUCGGAUGUUUGGUAAAUGGUGCCGGUUUGGCUAUGGCCACUAUGGAUAUUAUCAAGCACUACGGUGGUAGCCCAGCCAACUUCUUGGACGUCGGUGGUGGUGCCACUCAAAAGCAGGUCACCGAAGCCAUCAAGUUGAUCAGCUCCGACACCAAGGUCAAGUCGAUUUUGGUUAACAUUUUCGGUGGUAUCAUGAAGUGUGAUAUCAUCGCUCUUGGUAUUAUCGCUGCCGUCAAGGAGUUGUCCAUCAAGACACCAUUGGUCGUUCGUCUGCAAGGUACCAACGUCGAGUCUGCCAAGAAGAUCAUGGAAGACAGUGGUCUCCGUUUAAUUGCUGCCGACGAUCUUGACGAAGCUGCUGAAAAGGCUGUUAGAAUCGCUGAUAUUGUUUCACUCGCCGAAAAGGCCGAUCUCGAUGUAUCAUUUAAAUUACCAAUCUAA